CAUUUUGUGGCCCGCUAUGGCGGCGGUGUUGAGAUUGGGUCCGGGAUGCGAGGCCUUUGACUGAAGGGGUAGGUCAAGUGGCGGUAUCAGGGACGUCGCGUGGCACAGAAGAGGACCAGCCUGGACGCGGGGGACGCUGUCAUGUACGGCGCGGGCGGGGGCCGCGCCAAACCCGAGAGGAAAAGCGGCGCGAAGGAGGAGGCCGGGCCAGGCGGUGCCGGCGCUGGGGGCAGCCGAGUGGAGCUCUUGGUUUUCGGCUAUGCCUGCAAGCUGUUCCGGGACGACGAGCGGGCCCUGGCUCAGGAACAGGGACAGCACCUCAUCCCGUGGAUGGGGGACCACAAGAUCCUCAUCGACAGAUAUGAUGGACGUGGUCACCUGCAUGACCUUUCUGAGUAUGAUGCUGAGUAUUCCACGUGGAACAGAGAUUAUCAGCUGUCUGAAGAGGAGGCGCGAAUAGAGGCCCUGUGUGAUGAAGAGAGGUAUUUAGCCUUGCAUACGGACUUGCUUGAGGAGGAGGCAAGGCAAGAGGAAGAAUACAAGCGAUUGAGUGAAGCCCUAGCAGAGGAUGGGAGCUACAAUGCCGUGGGGUUCACUUACGGUAGCGACUAUUACGACCCGUCAGAGCCGACGGAGGAGGAGGAGCCUUCCAAACAGAGAGAAAAAAAUGAGGCUGAAAAUUUAGAGGAAAAUGAAGAGCCCUUCGUUGCCCCCUUAGGAUUGAGCGUCCCAUCUGACGUGGAGCUGCCACCAACCGCUAAAAUGCACGCCAUCAUCGAGCGCACGGCCAGCUUCGUGUGCAGGCAGGGAGCACAGUUUGAGAUCAUGCUGAAGGCCAAGCAGGCCCGGAACUCCCAGUUCGACUUUCUGCGCUUCGACCACUACCUCAACCCCUACUAUAAGUUCAUCCAGAAAGCCAUGAAAGAGGGACGCUACACCGUCCUGGCAGAAAACAAAAGUGACGAGAAAAAAAAAUCAGGAGUCAGCUCUGACAAUGAAGAUGAUGAUGAUGAAGAAGAUGGGAAUUACCUGCAUCCCUCUCUCUUUGCCUCCAAGAAGUGUAACCGCCUUGAAGAGCUGAUGAAGCCCUUGAAGGUAGUGGACCCAGAUCAUCCCCUCGCAGCACUUGUUCGUAAGGCACAGGCUGACAGUUCCACUCCCACCCCACACAACGCAGAUGGUGCGCCUGUGCAGCCCUCCCAGGUGGAGUACACGGCAGACUCGACUGUGGCAGCCAUGUAUUAUAGCUACUACAUGCUACCGGACGGCACUUACUGCCUGGCGCCGCCCCCUCCCGGAAUCGACGUGGCCACUUACUACAGCACCCUUCCUGCUGGCGUGACCGUGUCUAACUCCCCCGGAGUGACGACCACCGCCCCACCACCUCCUGGGACCACACCACCGCCACCCCCAACCACAGCAGAGACAAGCAGCGGGGCCACCUCCACAACCACCACCACAAGUGCACUUGCCCCCGUGGCCGCCAUCAUCCCCCCGCCCCCCGACGUCCAGCCCGUGAUUGACAAGCUGGCCGAGUAUGUCGCCAGGAACGGCCUGAAGUUCGAGACCAGUGUUCGUGCCAAGAAUGAUCAAAGAUUUGAGUUCCUGCAGCCGUGGCACCAGUAUAAUGCCUAUUAUGAGUUUAAGAAGCAGUUCUUCCUCCAGAAAGAAGGGGGCGAUAGCACGCAGGCUGUGUCUGCACCAGAAGAGGCUGCCACAGACUCUGCUCCCGAGAAGCCAAGUGACGCUGGGGAGGAUGGCGCGCCUGAAGACGCAGCCGAGGUGGGAGCACGGGCAGGCUCAGGCGGGAAGAAGGAGGCAUCGUCCAGUAAGAGCGUCCCGGACGGGAAGCUGGUGAAAGCUUCCUUUGCUCCAAUAAGCUUUGCAAUCAAGGCCAAAGAAAAUGAUCUGCUUCCCCUGGAAAAAAAUCGUGUUAAGCUAGAUGAUGACAGUGAUGAUGAUGAAGAAAGCCAAGAAGGCCAAGAAAGUUCUAGUAGUGCUGCAAACACUAACCCAGCAGCUGCCCCACCCUGUGUAGUUGUUGAGGAGAAGAAGCCUCAACUUACCCAGGAGGAGCUAGAAGCAAAGCAAGCAAAGCAAAAGCUGGAAGAUCGCCUUGCGGCUGCUGCCCGGGAAAAGCUGGCCCAGGCGUCUAAGGAGUCAAAAGAGAAACAGCUUCAAGCAGAACGUAAAAGGAAAGCGGCGUUAUUUUUACAGACCCUCAAAAAUCCUCUGCCGGAAGCAGAAGCUGGGAAAAUUGAGGAGAGUCCUUUCAGCAUCGAGGAAUCCAGCACUACGCCCUGCCCUCUACUGACUGGAGGCAGACCUCUGCCUACUUUAGAAGUUAAACCACCCGAUAGGCCUUCGAGCAAAAGCAAAGAUCCACCAAGAGAAGAAGAGAAAGAAAAGAAAAAGAAAAAGCACAAAAAGAGAUCUCGAACAAGAUCGCGUUCUCCCAAGUACCAUUCGUCAUCCAAGUCCAGGUCUAGAUCACACUCAAAAGCAAAGCAUUCUCUUCCCAGUGCCUAUCGGACAGUGCGGCGGUCGAGAGCCACAGCCUCCCCAGGGACGCUGCGCGCGGAGCCCUGUCAGAGCAGCACGUCAGUGACAGCGGCAGCCGAGCCAGGAAGUUAUCAGGCAGCCUCGACCACCACCAGAUUUGACUCCGCGAGCUCUUUUGAGGGAAAACCUGGUAAAACGUCAAGGUCCCGCUCCCGGUCCCCUCGGAGGAGAGCCCACUCCCCUGAGAGACGGAGGGAAGAGAGGAGUGUGCCCACUGCCUACCGCGUGAGCAGCAGCCCCGGGGCCAGCAGGAAGCGGACCCGCUCCAGAAGUCCCCACGAGAAGAAGAAGAAGAGGCGGUCCCGGUCGCGGACCAAGUCCAAGGCCAGGUCUCAGUCGGUGUCACCCAGCAAGCAGGCAGCUCCCCGGCCCGCGGCCCCCUCGGCCCACUCGGCCAGCGUCUCCCCUGUGGAGAGUCGGGGCUCCAGCCAGGAGCGCUCCAGGGGAGUCUCUCAGGAAAAAGAAGCGCAGAUCUCUUCAGCAAUCGUUUCUUCCGUGCAGAGCAAAAUCACUCAGGAUCUCAUGGCCAAAGUCAGAGCGAUGCUUGCAGCUUCCAAAAACCUGCAAACCAGCGCCUCCUGAGACGGGGCCAGCGGAGGCAGAGCCGGGAGGCUGCGUGGGCUUCUGGGCAGGCUCACGCGGACGCUGGCCACACCAUCCACCUGGCCGCCUCCGUGGACCCUUGGUGGCUUUUGUAAAUUAAUUUUUGAUGACAUUUUAAGUUUUAAGAUUUCUGACCAGCAGUCUCUUACCUGUAUAUUUGUAAAUAUAUCAUGUUUCUGUGAAAAUGUAUUAUGAAAUAAAAUGGGAGGAAACACCUUUUCUAGCUAGA